GCUAAGACGUAAGAAAAUAAACGAGGAUGCACAAAUAAGAAUUGAGAAGCACCCAAAGACUCAUGUUUAUUAAUAACGUACCGUUACGUUCGAUCGGUAGUCUCAGCUAAUUGGUUGAAAGACAUACGUUGGCAGAUGUGUUGUGACACAGUGUAAAAAGCAUUGUUAAUGAAUAUUAAAAUAACACCACGUUUCUUGUUUCUUUACUGUCAGUAUAAUUAAUAUUCAUGAGGUAAGCUUCAGCGGUCUGUCUUGUCUUCCCAUUUGAGAUCGUCUCUCUAGCUGCAGUUAUGGCGGAGCCUCCAGCGCACAGAGAGAAUGACGAGUGGCAGGAUUUUAAUCUAUUCAAAGGCAUAACGGGACAGCAGAUUCAUCUGGAGCGGGUUACUCUGAACCCCACACCUACAGAGAUGUCCGUGUUGCUGGAUACACAUUCAGACACUGAAAAAGGGUUUGAUUUUAGCUCUUGCACAUCCACGGAGAAGAUGAUCAGCCACUUUGACGAGAAGUUACAAUUUUGCUUCCAAAAAACACACACUAAACCCGCAACCAUAGAUCCAGUGAAGCCAAUAAAUGAGGACACGACCCUUAAAUGUGAUGAGGUCUGGAAUGCUCUCACAUAUAACUAUGGAAAUGUCAUGGCAGUGGACUGGAAUCAGUCUCGGGUUCGGUCACUUCAUCUCUCAACAUUGAGCCUUGAAAACAGGCCUAGGUUAGAGAGCUUGAACCUGGAUCUCUCUGAUGAUGAGGACCUGAGGGAACAAAUGGACCUGCAUUCCAUCAUUGUGUCUUGUAUCAAUGAGGAACCACUCCUUACUGCUGAACAGGUUAUUGAGGAGAUCGAGGAGAUCAUGCAGGAUUCACCAGAGAUUAAAUCAGACCAGAACUCUCCACGGUCAGAAUUCUCCUUCAUCUCUCAGAAAGCCCAAAGAUCUCACACCAACCAGGUCUAUGAAGAAAGAGCGAGGCUGAUGUCAGUAGCUGAGCUGAACCAGCGUCUGGAGGAUGUGGAGGUGACUGUACGUGGAUAUUCAGAGGAGCUGAUUCAGCACCUGGCCAUGAGGGAUGAGCUGGAGUUUGAGAAGGAGGUGAAAAACAGCUUCAUUUCAGUUCUCAUAGACGUGCAGAACUGUCAGAAGGAACAUCAAGAGAUGCUGAGAAAGAAGAGGAAAGUAAAGAAUGCGCUUCACAGCCGAUCAGAGAGGUUACCUUCAUCUCGUUUCAGUGUGGAGAGCAUCUCCACCGCCAUCCAGAAUGGUUUUCGGCAAACUUUUGGCAAUGGGGUCGAGACAAAACAGUAUGUAACAACAGUCAUCCCAUACAAGAAAAAGGAUGGGGCUCCAUCAGUCCAAGACCUUCAGAUUUUUACCAAAAUUUUAGAAGCCAUGAGAGACAACAGUGACAAAGUUCCAAGUCUCCUCACAGACUACAUACUCAAAGUACUUUGCCCCACCUAGAGAAAGAAGAGGCACUUCUGUCUUCUUAUUGAAAACAAGUGUUCCCAAAGGGAUUUAAUUCACUGUGAAACUAUUUACACAACAAGAGUUGUAUUGAUGAGUGUGACUACGGUAUUCUGCAUGUUUACCACACAUGGCAAUUGCAGUGUUCUGUUUAAUCGCAUAAUGGUUUGUCGUCCCUGUGAAAUGGGAAAAAAGGUUAAGCUGUGUUUUUUUCUACACAAGAGAAACCAAACAAUAUUGCAAAAAUACUGACUGGUGGGACUGAGCAAUGUUUAGAUCGCACCACAGUCUUUACACAUUUCAGGGAACAACCUAUAGUUCAGUCGCUACAUAGUAAACAAAUAACGUAUUUAACUAAAAAAUGACACAUAUCAUCGCUAACAGCAUGAUUCCUGUUAGAAAGAGACAUGGGUUCAAGCAUCAGUAUGAUCUGAAAUAUUAUUUUUUAAUUAUUUUAUAUUACCAAGGGCUAUUGCAGUUUUAACCCUAUGGGUUGAUUUCUUGUUUCUGUAACAUGAGUGCACUUACUGAUGUCUCUUUAAUGUUGUUUUGCUGACGUAAAUGAACUUUAUAUAGUGAAUCUUCUGAUGCCUCAUUCCACUACAUGUUUACUCAUUUCCAACAGAGAAAUCUACACUCUAAGAAAGGAUUUUUUUUUUUUACACAUUUUUUGUGUCAUAUUGUGUUGAAAAUAAAACACAAGUUGUGUUAAAAGUAACACAAAAUCUGUGGAUUCUGGGAAAACACAUUUAGUGUGUUGUCCCUAAACUAACACUAAUGUUGUUCUUAACAAAUCCCUUCUAAGAGUGUACUUCAUUUAUUUUCUUUCUAUGUUUAAGUAGAUAAGAUUAUUAAAAUGAAUUAAUUUCUAUGAAAAACAGUUCACUCAAAAUGUAUGAUUUUUGUGAAUAUUUACAUUGUUUCAAAUCCAUCUGACUAUAUUCCAUAGAUUAAAAAAGAGAAAUUUGACAAUCUUUAUCCAACUAUUUUAUUGCAAAUUCAUGCACACUUGAUUUUGAUUCACCUACAGUACCCUUAGGUGUGUUGCUCUUUUUUGGUCACUUUACAAAAAUGUGAUCCUGUCUGUGAAAACCAGGCUAAUGAGAUUAGGAGCAUCAAAGUUUGAUUUUACUUAAUGAUUUCAAUCAUUGACAUGAUCUUACUCUGUCAAUAUUAAAGAUAGUCAAGGUUUUAUGUUCACACAAUGUGCUUUACAUUAUUUAGGAUGAUUUUUUGUAAAAACACAACAAAUGACUUUAGCUGGGUUUUUACAAAUGACUGCACGUACAACUGAGAUUCCUGAAGAAAAAUGUUGUGUUACGCAAGAAGGGUGCCUUCAUAAAAUAUCAUGCAGGUUUAUGUAUAUAAAAAGUUAUACCUUGAGGGACAUUUUUGUCUUAAUAAACAAAUCUAAAUGCUGAUGGAUUUACAUUAUGAUACCGGUGACUAAAUGUUUUAAAGCAAUUUCUGCUUGUGUCAUUUACCAUAUUGUGAGAGUAAUGAGCUGGACAACUAUAGAUUAUGUAAAUUCAUAGGUUUAUAGGUUUGAUUUAUGUCAUUAACAAUUUUUGAGUCUUUUUUGACCAUUUAUUGGUAAUAUUUCUAACUUUUGACUGUAUGAAAUGUUUGAACUAUAGCAAUUAUGGUCCUUGCUUUUAUUUAUUUAACCUUUCUAAAGAAAAAAGUAAAAUCUAUUUUUUUUAACAUGUAGUAAACCAUUUUGUAUUUAUUUCUGCUUUUCUAUCUUUGAUCAAUGGAGCAUACUAUAAGGUGGUCCUGGUACUUUUGCUUUCAUUCAUUUUUCUUUAACAAAUAAAUGAAAAAAAAAAGUGUGGUUGUCUUUUAUUGGUUUUGAAACCAAAUGCAGUGCCGUGAAAAGCAUUACUUAAAAAAGGUUCUGAUCUCACCAAAUCCACAGGGACAAAGUCUUUGUAAGUAGCUUUGGAUAAAAGCGUCUGCUUAAUGGAAAUGUAAAAUACAAAGUUAUUUUCCUUAUUUAGUUUUUUCUAUAACUGAAAAUCAAA